AUGAAAGCUAAGCGGCCUAACGCGCCGACGAAGACGCCCGGUGGCCCCCCGGAACGCUUCGACAGCACGUCCAGCGCCACGAUGGAGGUCAUAAGCAUGGAAGGAGAAGAUAUGCAAGAGGAGGACUUUACCAACGACGCGGGAUGUGAAAGGGAACCUGGCCACCACCUCCUAGAGAGUGUUGGCCUGGCACGGUUACAGGGCACGUUUCUGGUGACAAGAGCCGCUGCACGUGCCAUGAUUACCUCGUGUGUCACGGAGGGAGUCAUUGUAAACAUCGCCAGCAUCCUGGGCAAGAGCAGACUCUCGGGCUUGGUGGUGUACACAGCAUCCAAGGGGGCCGUCGUGGCUCUGACCAAGACCGUGGCUCAAGAAUUGGCACAGCACGGUAUCCGCUUUGUUCUGCUCGAAGAGCCAAAAAGAGCCUGCAUCGAACAGACGUCUCUGCGGAGAGUAUGCCAGCCGGAGGAAGUGGUUGAAGCCAACCUGUUUCUCUUCUCUCCGAAUAGUUCCUUCAUGACAGGAGCGACUCUGGAAGUAGCCGGUGGAUUCAAAAUGUGA